AGUAGGUAUCUUUUCAGACGUAUUUUAUGUUAUUUAUCAUUUUUUUUAUAGAAAUUUAUUUUUUAAAGUAAAUUAAGUGCGCAUAUUUUUCCAAAUUCUCUUCUUGAAGGGGACACAGAUAUAAUAUGUCCGCUACUCUUUUUUCUCGAACAUGACUUGUACGAAAUACUGAGUUGAUGAUUUUGACUCUAACGUCAGACAUCACUAAAACAGAACAAGUAAAUCUCUAGAGAUUUUCCCAAUAUUCUUUCAUUUAUUCUUAUAAAUAGGCUACAUGAAUCAAAUUAUAUUAACAUAUCUUCUCAUCUUAUUAAACUACAACAAUAUAAACUAUUAUCUUUUUAUUAAUUACCUCCAUUCAUAUAUAAUAAUGUCUGUCUUCACUGAAGAUUUUGGACUCAUUUAUGUCCAUGGUGAUGAUGAGACCAAGUUGAGCAAUCUUGUUUUCAACAACAAGGCUCGAAGCAAUGGCGAUGAUGACGACGACGAUGGUGAUGACGUGGCACCAGCAGCUUAAUAUUUAGAUUUCAUAUUGCCCUAGAUUGUACUAAUGAAUUGAGCUAAUACAUACAUGCUUAAUAUAUCAACUUGUUAUAGGUUGUUAUAGAUUGACUUAAUACAUAGUUAUAUUUGGCUUAUAUACUACUACAUAUUCUAAUCUCUUCGUCUUAUUGAAUUUGUUGUAUUCAAAAUUUAUUAACUUAUUUGAUGUUAUGUUGCAAAUUUAAAAACACAAAAAAAUACUAAAUCUGCAAUUGUUAUAAAACUUUAGUUGUAGCUAAAUUGGUGUACAAAUUGAUCAUUAUGCUCUUCAAGUAAGUACAUCUUUGGAUUGGAAAGCAAGCACCAAGCUUUAUAUACACCUAAGGUAAUAUUAAUUAUGUACUUUUUUUUUAAUGUAGUAGCACUAAUUAUACUAUUUGAAAUACUUUUGGAUUCUUGCAUAAGUGUUUUUUUAUAAGGAUAUACAUGGGUUAUUUUUGCUUGAUGUGAGUUAGAAAUUAAAUAACUGUUUAAGCUGAUGAUCAUAGAUUCGUAAUAUAUAUGUUAUUUAUUCGAUUACUCACUUGGUUAAGUUCAUAAAAUUAUGUUUAUCUAGCUAGCGAUGAACAAUACAUGUUAGAAGUAACUAAUAAUUAUGAAUAGACUUUUAGCAAUUGUGUAACUCAAAAUUAGAGGUGUCGAACAAGAAAGAAGUGUUGAACAGGAAAAGACUUUAUUGUUGAAUUUGUGAAUUAUAAUCUGACCUAAUAAGAACACGUAAAAGCCAUUAUUUAGAAAAAUGAGAUGGUUCUUGAAAGGGUUGAUUUAUUGUGAACUCAUUACCUACAUGAAGGAUUUAUUCCCUCUCUCGACCCCUUUGCCUGUGAAUAAAAAAUUGAAAAUUUAGGUUUUUCUAUAUGAAGGUCUUUGUGACUACUUUUUCCUAAGUACUAAUAAGUAGCUACACAGUUUUAACAUUUAGUUAAUUGUAUAAGAAUUAAGAAGUAUGUUUUCUCUAGUGUUUAAUUUUUUUUAGGAAUUUGAUUUUGUAUUUGUAGUAAAUGAAUCUGAAAAUUGGGAAAUUUCUAUUGGGAAUGAUAAAUGAUAUAGUUCGUUGAUGCAUAUGUAGUCAUCAGCUUCAUAUUAUUGAUAACAUUUUAUUUUUUUCUUAACAUUUUUCAUAUAUUAUUUAAGCUUUAAUAUCAUAAAUAUAUUAAAAGAAUAGAUUGAUUAUAUGAGUUUGUCUCAUGGUGAGAGUUGAAACAGCCUUAUACAAUAUUUUUUACAAUAUUACCUUUAAUCAGAUCGGUUUAGAUAUGAUCAGACUAGACGACCAUAUCAUAUGGACUUGACCAGAUCUGUUAAAUAGCAAAGUCAAGAUGAACGAAAAAUGGAGUAAAAGAGAUUCAAUAAUUUAAGAAUAAUUUGCGAUUUACGGCAAGUUUAGUGUUUUUUUUCAAUUACAAGCUUUAAUAUUUAUUUUUUGCGAGUUACAACCAUAAAAAUAUUAAAGUUUACAUGUUUAGACUAAUACACAAAAUUUCGACCAUUUUAAUGGUCGGAAUUUUAGGUUAAGUGGUUGAAGUUUUGUGUUUUUAGAUUGAACCUGUAAGCUUUAAUACUUUAAUGACUGUAAUUCAGAAAAAUAAAUAUAUUAAGAUUAUAAUUCGCAGAAGUGUUAAAUUUUAAGCAUUGGCAAAUAAUUCAUAAUUUAAUGAAUAUAUAAAAGAAAAGUCAAACCUAGAUAACGUGCCAAAAACUUUAAAAUUCCCAUUCAUUUGGAUCAAAUCAACAAAAUAUCAAAAGGUUUUUUCCAAAAAUCAAAUUAGGAGACUAAUCAUGUCAACUGAUCUUGAGCAACCUUUUAUAGAUCCAAACUCUAUACAAGUAAUUAUUUAAUUUCCUAUAUAUUGUUUCCUUUCAUUUCUCAAUUGCUUGUUAAAAUAACAAUGUCAGAAUCUUGAUCCUGAUAGAUUAAGGAUAAUAGGAAGAAAGAAGAUGAUGAAGUGAAAUUGGAGAAGAGUUAUUUUGAAAUAAUGGGUUUAUGUUGUUCAUCAGAAAUUCCACUACUUGAAGGAAUAUUGAAGCCAUUAAAUGGUGUUAAAGAGAUUUCUGUUGUUGUUCCAACUAAGACUUUGAUGGUUCUUCAUGAUAUUCACACUAUAUCUCCUUCGCAAAUUGUGAAAGCAUUGAAUCAAGCACGGCUAGAAGCAAGUGUAAGACCACGAAGGGAAAGUAACUAUACAAAAAAAUGGCCAGGAAAGUGGGAUAUGGUUUGUGGUGUGUUGGUUUUGUUAUCCUUAUUCAAAUAUGUUUACAAACCUAUGCAAUGGUUAGCUCUUCUUGCAGUUCUCAUUGGAGUUCCUAAUAUUAUUUGGAGAAGCAUUGCAUCUAUUCGAAAUCUCACCCUCAAUGUCAAUGUCAUUGUUCUUGUUGCUGUUGGAGGAACAUUAGCUUUGCAAGAUUAUACAGAUGCAGCCAUUAUAGUCUUCUUGUAUAACAUAGCUCAGUGGCUUGAAUCAAGAGCUAGUUACAAGGCUAUGUCUGUUAUGUCAUCUCUGACAAGCAUGACACCCCUGAAAGCAACACUUGCUGAAACUGGAAAACAAGUAGAUGUGACAAAUGUUGAAAUAGGAACCAUUAUUGCAGUCAAAGCAGGUGAAGCUAUUCCUAUUGAUGGUAUUGCUGUUGAGGGAAAAUGUGAAGUGGAUGAGAAAGCCUUCACUGGUGAAUCAUUCCCUGUUAUUAAAGAAAUUGGUUCUACUGUUUGGGCUGGCACUAUCAAUUUAAAUGGUUAUAUAUGUGUUAUAACUACAAUGCUAGCUGAAAACUGCUUAGUAGCCAGAAUGGUGAAUCUUGUAGAAGAAGCUCAGAGUAGGAAAGCCAAAAUCCAGACAUUCAUAGAUAACUGUGCAAAAUGGUACAUUCCUGUUGUUGUGCUGAUAUCUGCCAGUAUUGCUGUGAUCCCUAUGAUCCUCCAAACUAAGGAUGAAAUGAGUUGGUUUCAUCUUGCCUUAGUUGUGUUGGUUAGUGCGUGUCCUUGUGCACUAGUCAUCUCGACUCCAGUCACGAUAUUUUGUGCGCUUUCGAAGGCUGCGACGACAGGGCUUCUCUUCAAAGGAGGAGAUUAUCUUGAGCUUCUUGCUAAAGUUCAGACUGUUGCUUUUGAUAAAACUGGGACUAUUACAACUGGGGAAUUUGUGGUUACUCAUUUUCAGUCCUUACAUGAAACAAUUAGCAUUGAGAAGCUACUAUUUUGGGUUUCAAGCAUUGAGAGUAAAUCAAGCCAUCCAAUGGCAGCUGCACUUGUCAACUAUGCUGCAUCCUGUUCUAUUGAGCCAAAGCCUGAAUUGGUGGAGGAAUUUUUGAAUUUUCCUGGUGAAGGGAUAUAUGGGAUGAUUGAGGGUGAACAUUUUUACAUUGGAAAUUACCGAAUUUCUUUAAGGGCGGAAAGUAAAGAAUAUUAUGACAAUGAAAGGAAUAAGAUGGAAGAAAAAGCUAGUGGAUUCAUAUACAGGGGAACUACCCUUGUUGGUACCUUUGGACUCUCUGAUAAGUGUAGAUCAGGAGCCAUGGAAGCAAUUAAAGACCUAAAAGAAGCUGGCAUUAGAACAGUUAUGCUCACUGGUGAUAAUCAUGUUGCUGCUCAACAGGUGCAAUAUCAGCUAGAUGGAGCACUAGACAUAGUUCAUGCUAGCCUCUUACCAGAAGACAAAGCUAAAAAAAUUGAAGAACUAAAGAAAGAUGGAGUAGUAGCAAUGGUAGGAGAUGGUAUAAAUGAUGCACUUGCUUUAGCAACAACUGAUAUAGGCAUAUCAAUGGGUAUAUCAGGUUCUGCAUUAGCUAUGGAAACAGGACAUGUAAUACUUAUGUCUAAUGACAUAAGAAAAAUACCACAAGCCAUACAAAUAUCCAAGAAAGCUUCAAGAAAAAUCAUUGAAAAUGUCAUCAUAUCAUUCUCUACAAAAGGUUUGGUUCUUGCUUUUGCCAUUGCUGGCUACUCUAUGCUCUUAGUUGCUGUCGUGACAGACGUGGGGACGUGCUUGCUUGUGAUCUUAAAUAGCAUGCUUCUUCUUCGAGGAUUCGAGGAAAAGAAGAGUUUGAGAAGUGUGAAGAAGAAUAAGGCUUGUUGUGAAGGUAAGGAAGAGAAAUGCUCAAAGGAUGUUAGCAAGAAGGGGGUUAAGUUUGGAGAUGUUGAUAAGGUAAAGGAAGUAAGGAAAGGAUGUUGUGAAACUAAGAAGUGUUGCAGUAAGAAGAGCAAGAUUGAGGAGUCAAUGGAGAUCAAGAAAGGUUGUGAGAUUUUGAGUGUGGGAAAUGGGGUUAGUAAGGUUGGUUGUUGUAAGAGUGCGUUGAAUUGUAGGGAUGAGAAGGGUGGUUGUGGAUCUUCUAGUGGGUGUACUCAAUUUGGAGCAAAUACUUCAUUUGAUGUUGUCAUUGUGUAGUGAUUGAUAUUAAUAUUUGUAUUUUUAAAAUUUGAACAAAAUUUAAAAUGUCUGUAAAUUAGUUUUACAAUCUGUUGGAUAUGCGAUGUAAAAACUUUGUAGUGGAGAAGAAAGGUUGUGACAUUUUGAGUGUGGGAAAUGGGGUUGAUAAGGUUGGAUUUUUUUAAGAGUGGUUCAAAUUGUAGGGAUGGGAAGGGUGGAUGUGGAUCUUCUAGUGGGUGUACUUAAUUGGUGCAAAUACUUCACUUGAUGUUGUGAUUGUAUAGAUGAUUAACAUUAAUACUUGUAUUUUCAAGAUCUAAACUAAUUUUAAAAUGUUUAUAAA